CCCCUCCAUGCUCCUCUGUUGAGAUGCAAAACCCAGUGAAGCCCUGUUCCCAACGUCCUGGAGGAAGCCAUAAAGCCUGGCUGCAGACAGCCACACAAUGGCACCUGGGGAGCAGGGGCUCAGAGUUCAGCCCAGGAGUGCACGAGUUGGGGAAGGAACUGAAACAAGAGUGGGUUUCCUUGGGAAACUGCUGCUGGCAUUCCUUGUUCCUGGCCAGAAAUAGCCACUUGCCCCCAUGCAGGGGAAAGGGAAAGGACGUGCACAAGGGAUGGGGGCUGAUGGAGGGCGGAAAGCUCAGGGCUGGAGGCAGAGGCGGGUUCAGGAAGCCUGAGCUGAGUCUGUAUUUACUGCUUGCACCCGUCUGUGAGGCAGCAAACCCCUCAGGCCCCAGACAGAAGCCAGUCUCAGGGGAUGAGGAUGAGUCCUCAGCAGCCCUGGAGCUGCUGUCGGGGUGGGGAGCAAUGCUGGCUGUGCUUUGGCAGGUGUUUCCUGGUGCAGAGGAGCUGGAUGGAGGCUGGGAACAGGAGCAGAGCUCUAGGCUCAGUGUCCAGGCAGGACUCUGCACGUGAACCACGUCCCCAUGUACUCCACAGAGCCUCGUGUGCCCUGGUGUUCAUGGCAGCGUGGGCGCCUUGUAGGACCGAGGAUGCAGCCACAGUGACCCCAGUGAUGGCAGGACCUGAAUUCCACGUCCCUGGGCUGGUGCUGGAGCUGCUGGGCUGCCGGCCUCAGUGGGUUGAGUGCUGCCAGGUGUGGGGAGCUCUGCUUCAUUCAUAAAUCGUGUGGGUGUUUCCUCGUGGAGCCUUGCUCCUCUGGCUGGAAGGGAGCUGGAAACCCAAGCGUUUGGAGGGCACUUGAACCAUUGUUUGAAAGAUCUGUAAUUUUCCAAUCAAACUCCCUCCUUGAGCCUCUGUUCAUCAAAUAUUCAGAGGAUCCAUUUUCUCCUGGCACUUCCAGCCCACGUCUCAGCCUGAAGAAUCAAUCAGGCAGCUCUGCUUGUUCUAAUGCAUCCUGCAUUUUUUUCAGGAGCCUGGGGCUGCCAUCUCCUCCUCCCACCUCAUCUCCUCCCAAAGCAGCCACUCAGGAUGGGGCUGUGCAGGCAGUGGAGCUGGUGUGGCUCAAAGCAAGCAGCUGGGGGCCCUGGCAUCCCCUUUCUGCUGCUUGCUCCCAAGCAAAGCUUUAUCCAUUCCCUCCUGACCUGCUGGGAGGGAUUUGCCUUUGCUGUCGUUCAUUGCUGGACUUGGGCUGUCCCUCUGAUCUGCACCCCGCUGUGAGCAGCAGCACAUCAGGGCAGGGGUUGUAGUUUCCCAGCAGCAGCAGCACUCUGGACCCAGUUUCUCUGGGGUCUGGCUUUUGGCACAGGAACAGCAGUGUAAAUCAGUGCUGCUCCAUCUAUUGCCACCCGUGCUGCCACCAGCUGUACUGGGGCCCAUCUUCCCAGAGCUGCAGGAUGGAGUUUGGCUUGGAAUGAGCCCUCUCCCUUCCUUCUCUUCUGUCUCGGAGCUGAGCUGGUGGGAAUGGAGCAGAGGUCGGGGGGUGGAGGAGCAGCUUGAAACGGCUCUUCACACAUUUGGAUGAGCUAAUGGGAAAAAAAUAGAGGAAGGCAAAUAAACAUUAUUGUUUCAUGUCAGGCGGGGAGGAGACAAAAGGUCAUGGGCUUCCCUUGUGAUGGGAGGAAACAGCGGCAUCAGCAGGGCUGGAAAGAGCUGGAGAGCCCAGGGAGGGAGCACGGGGUGUGCAUGGGGUGCGUGUGCGCCCACAUGUGGGUGUGCAGCUCCAUCCAAGGGCUGCUGCUGCAGGUGUGAGUUCCUGGGGCUCGAUCCCUCCUGCAUCCCGUCGACCUCACCUCUCUGCCACAGCCACGCAGAGCAUCAACAGCUUGAGGAGCUGCCCUGGGAUCGGCGGAGCUGAGACCUGAAUGCACCGGGCAGAAAAGCAUGAAUCUGUUUGCAGGAGCUCAAGAGACCCGGGCUGUGGAGGCCAACACGCUUCAGCAGGAGAGGCUGCAGGCCAUCGCGGAGAAGCGAAAACGUCAGACAGAGAUUGAGAACAAAAGGAGGCAGCUGGAAGAUGACCGGCGGCAGCUGCAGCAUCUCAAGUCCAAGGCUCUGCGGGAGAGAUGGCUGCUGGAGGGAGCCCUGUCCUCUGCCUCCGAGGAGGAUGAGGCGAUGAAGAAGCAGAUGCAGGAGGAUGAGGUGAAGACCAAGGAGCUGGAGGAAACCAUCCAGAGGCUGGAGAGGGAGUUGGAGUCACUGGAGAACAGCAGCUCUGCUACAUCCACCAAGGAGAACCUGGCUGAAGUGGUGGCACCAACAAAGGAGGAGAAGGCAGAGAACAUCCCCAGCGUGCAGAAGAGUCCCCUGGGCACAGCCAUAGCUGAGAAGAAAGUCUCCAGCAGCCCCAUGAAGGCGGUGCAAGGCACUGACAUGAUGAAGGCAGCCAUGUACUCAGUGGAGAUCACGGUGGAGAAGGACAGAGUGACUGGGGAGACCAAAGUCCUGUCCAGCACCACGCUUCUCCCCCAGAACCACUGUGUGCAAGGGAUCAAAGUAUACGAGGAUGAGCUAAAAGUGGUGCACGCGGUGAGUGCUGAAGACGGAGCUCUGCAGAACGGGGCGCAGCCGCUCAGCUCCUCCGAGGUGGAUGAACUCCUGCACAAGGCAGAUGAGGUGACCCUGGGUGAGGCCACGGCGAGCGGGGAGGCUCCAGGCAGUGCCACAUCCAGCCAGAAGGCAACGCCACGGAGGGAGAUCACGGGGCUGCAGGCGAAGCCAAGGGAAAACUCCACAGAGGGAGCGGAGCCGAGCCGGGAGCAGCCGGUCACCAUGAUCUUCAUGGGCUACCAGAACGUGGAGGAUGAGAACGAGACCAAGAAAGUGCUGGGGUUGGAGGGUACCAUCAAAGCCGAGCUGGUGGUGAUCGAGGACGCCGAGAGCAAGCCAGAGCCGGAGAGCAAGGACCACGCACCGCCCAACGGCACCGCGCUGGAGCCGGCGGCCGCCCCGCUGCAAGGGGACGAAGUGCAAGGCGGGCAGAAACCGGACACCAACGCCACGGAAGCCAAGGAGGCUGAGCCAGACAUGGACGCGAAGAAGCAGCGCUGCAAAUGCUGCACGGUGAUGUGAACCCCCCCCGG